AUGUCAAGAAUCGUCGAUAGAAUGCACAAUUCUGACAGCAGUAGAGCUGGUGGGCCUGUCGAGAGAGACAUCGAGCAGGCCAUAACUGCUCUUAAGAAAGGCGCCUACUUACUCAAGUAUGGAAGAAGAGGGAAACCCAAGUUUUGUCCCUUUCGACUUGCAAAUGACGAGUCUGUUCUAAUUUGGUUUUCCGGUAAAGAGGAGAAACAUCUUAAACUGAGCCACGUGUCCAGAAUUAUAUCUGGACAGCGCACUCCAAUUUUUCAAAGAUAUCCACGGCCUGAGAAGGAGUACCAGUCCUUUUUCUUCAGUAUUUCAUGUUAG